AUGGAACUUGCGGAGAUGAUGAAUGUCCUGAGUACCCUCACACAACAAGUGACCCUCCUGUCCCAAACAGUAAGUGAAUUGCAGCGUGGUUAUGCUGAGUUAAAGGAGAACACACACCAUGCUCCUGAACCUAAUAUUGCAUUACCUGACAAGUUCACUGGGAAAAAGACUGAACUGCGAUCAUUUAUCACAGCCUGCGAACUGCUCUUCACUUUAAAACCACGCACAUACCCCAAUGAUUAUGUGAAGGUUUGCACUACUAUUGCCCUACUGUCGGGUAAACCCCAAACUUGAGCACACCAACUCCUGCACUCCCACAGUCCAGUACUGGAUUAAUGGGACACCCUGAGACCCUCUGCUGCAUGCACUGUUCCCUCUGGCAGGAAUUGGCGUCGGACACUGGUUAUAAUGAAACUGUCCUGAUAGAACAGUACCGGCUGGGUCUAUAUGAGGCAUUAAAAGAUGAACUAGCCAGAGUUAGGGUACACACUUAUUUUGAAGAUCUGUUCCUUCUGGUCACCCAGCUAGAUCGCCGGUUCAGAGAAAGAAAGCAGGAGCGAUUUUAAACCAACUUUCUGCCCGUUCUGCAACGUUCCAAACCUCUUGGUGAGACCUAUACCCCUAUCCCCACCAUGGACAUAGAGGAACCCAUGCAAAUUGGAACAUUGAAUAUCACGCUCACGGUAAAGGAAAAGGCCAGAAGGAGAGCCAAAGGCCUUUGCUUCUAUUGUGGCAAGGGAGGCCACUACAUCAGCUAUUGUCCUGUACAUCGUCCUCACCCUAAACAUGGCCAUGUGGGGACUCUGUGUCACCAUCCAGCAAGUUCUCCAUGGCACCUUUAUUGUUCAACUCUGCAUGCUACCGGACCGAAAAGACCACCUAACCAGACUAAUGGCACCAUCAUGGUCCUAGCUAACCCUGCUCCUGUUCCAGAGCCUCAAAAGGAGGCUGCUGUGGCUACCUUCCAAUCCUCAGCCUCUGUCUCCCCUAACGUUUCCUGCUCCAACACAGAGGAUCUGUCCCCAGACUGUGUAAUUGCCUCCAAUGGAACAGUGGUCUGCAGACAAGAUGUAGAGGCCUUUGAGCAGGCUCUUAAGGCCAGAGCUGCAUCCUCUCAGGUUGCUGCUUCUUGCCUCCACUGCCAUUUCCAAGAAUGCGGACAACCUGCAAAAUGUUCCAACACUCUCAGAUCCUGA